AUGGACAGUACGUCGGGCUUUAAUACACAAACAAUCAAGAUGGAUAUUCCAAAACAUAGUGUAUGUAUUAACCAAUGCCGGAAUGUUUCGAGAGUAACUACAAUAGUUUUCAAAUCUCCUGAACCCGGCACAGUUUAUCUAAAUCGAACUUUCGUUGAAAAUAGAACUGAUAAUGAAACGAACUAUCAAACUAUUUUGGAAACUAAUCUAGAUUUGAACGAAUCCCUAAGUGAAUUAUAUAAUUUCGAAAGAACGUUGAACAAUACGUUUUCAAAUUUUAGUUACGAAAAUGGAACGUGUACUAGUGAUGUGCAAAGUUACAACUUGUGGGCGUUAUCGUUACUAGUGUUUCCAGUGUUAACUUUAUUCGGUAACGUGCUGGUUAUUAUGAGUGUAGCGCGCGAGAGAAGUUUGCAAACUGCAACAAACUAUUUUAUAGUAAGCUUGGCUGUUGCGGACCUGUUGGUGGCGGUCGUCGUGAUGCCUUUUGGAGUGUAUUAUUUGCUUAACGGUGAAUGGUGUCUGCCAGCUUUCGUGUGCGAUUGCUACAUCGCCAUGGACGUCACAUGCUCAACCUCGAGCAUUUUCAACUUAGUUGCCAUAUCCGUAGACAGAUACAUUGCAGUAACGCAACCAAUAAAGUACGCUAAGCACAAGAGUAACGCACGUGUCUGGCUCAUGAUCGGCGUGGCCUGGCUGGUCUCCGGCGCGAUCGGCUCGCCCGUGGUCUUGGGUCUCAACAACACGCCAGACCGCACUCCCAACGCAUGUCUCUUCAACAACACUGAUUACGUCAUCUACUCCUCACUCGGCUCCUUCUAUAUACCGUGCAUCAUAAUGAUGUUUCUGUAUUAUAACAUAUUUAAGGCUAUCCGCAAAAGAGCGAAAAAGCAGCGUAUUGCCAAGAAAACCUCAUCGGCCAUCGGCUCCGCACUUUCCAGCGGCACUGCAGCAGUAGUAAUUGAGAACGUCGCUCACACGAAUCGCUAUAACGACAGUGGAUGUACCAUGCAAGAAGAUAAACCAACAAACACUGCUUCCGGAAGUAAUGAGGAUGAAGAAGAUGAAAAUUACGACCGCACUGAGAUGGGAGUCUAUGCAGAUGAGUUAGCCAAUACACGAUCUACGAGAUUUAUGCUUGCUGCAGUAGUGGAAGAGACUGGUCUGAUUAUGGCAAAUUUAGCAUCACCAAUACCUAUGAUGGAUCCAAAUACAAACAAUGAUUCUGGCUACGUACCUUCAAACAUAGAGGUAGAAAAAGACCACACACCCCCACCAUCCCCCAACCAAAAAGAAGACAAGAAGAAAGAAGAGAACAAUGCUGUACCUAAGAAACCUGAGCUAAAAAAGAAGCUGAGCCGAAUUAGCGCUAGUUCGGUGAUCACCACUCCUAGAAGGCGUUUCAAGAGUGCGGCUUCGGCAGCACGCUUCACAAUCUUCCGUGCUAACAGAGCUGGCAAACUGCGAGCCAAGUCGUUUGCCAAGAAAGAAAAGAAAGCUACGCAGACACUUGCAAUUGUCUUAGGCGUCUUUCUCUUCUGUUGGGCUCCAUUCUUCACCUGCUCAGUAUUAGACGCCCUGUGCACGAAGUUAGAACUCUCCUACUCACCAGGCGUCACCGUUUUCAUCUUCACCACGUGGCUUGGCUACAUCAACUCGUUCCUCAAUCCAGUCAUCUAUACUAUUUUUAAUCCCGAAUUCCGGAAAGCUUUUCGAAAAAUAUUACACUUUAGUACAUAG